GACAUGAAAAUAUUGAAAAAAAAAUAAAACGUUGGGAGAUAAAUUUGGACCUUCUGUUUUUUAAAAGAUUUUGGACAAACUAAACCAUAAAUUUUCCACUAAAGAUGUUUAAUGGCUAAGGCCAAAUACAAAACAUUGGUUAAUGGUGAAAGAGCAAAAUUGAAUAAAAUUUCCAUAAGUGCAAAAUUAUGAAAGGUUUAUUUUCUCUAAUUUUCUUUGACAAAGUUUAAGAUCCCAAAUGAGUUAAUUAUAGAAACUUUGAUUCAGAAAACAGCACUAUUGAAUCAAGAACCUUCCUUUUUCAAGAAUGCUACAAUUAUUGUCAGUUUGUUCAAUAUUAUUUUCUGCCAUCUUCAGAAUAUAAAACCUUCUGUCGUGGUAGAUGAAGGAAGUCCAGAAAGAAGCAUACGUUGAAACAGAUCCCGUCCAACAGAAGGAUGCAAAGCAGACUGCUGCGGUAGACCUCAUAUCUAGGCUGAACAAUUAUCGGUCCUAUUCUGAUUCAAGCUAGGUGAAAGAAGAUGAAGGUAGCAGAGAUGCGGAUGCUCAAAUGGAUGUGUGAUCAUACUAGGAGGGAUAUGAUUAGGAAUGAAGAUAUACGGGACAAGGUCGGAGUGGCGUUCGUGGCAGACAAGAUGAGAGAAGCGAGACUGAGAUGGUUCGGGCAUGUGAAGAGGAGGCGUGAGGAUGCACCAGUUAGGAGGUGCGAGAGAUUGGCGGUCGCAGGAGUUAGGAGAGGUAGAGGCAGGCCGAAGAAGAACUGGGGGGAGUUUCAUACUUGCUCUUCAAAUUCCCUUGACGUCCAUACUUGCUCUUCUCCAGUAAUGCUUUGGACACCUUGAAUGUUCAAGUUUGGUCUCCAUGCUUCUGUCUCCCUGUAAAGGUUCUGAUAGAAUUCUAGAAUUGCAUUCUGAAUAUCCAUAGGUUUAGAGGAGCUAACUCCAUCAACCAUUAAAGUAUCAAUAGUGUUGAAUCUUUUGUGAGCUGUAGCCAUCCUGUGGAAAUGCUUUGUGUUUUUGUCUCCAUUCUUGAUCCAUUGCACUCUAGAUCUUUGUCUCCAGGCUAUCUCUUCAUUUCUAGCCACUUCUUCAUACUCCAUCGCCAACUGAGCAUUCUGCAACUGCUCAUCCUCAGUCAGGGGUCUUUGUUCUUGAAUGACUUCUCGGCUGCCAACUUAUUCCAGUAUUUUAUCUUUUCUUUCCCUCCAAUUUCCCUUAUUCUCCUUGCUCCAUUCUUUAAGUUUCCCUUUUAACGAGUUCAACUUUGCAACUAACUUGUAGUCUGGUCUUCCUGUAACAUCAAAGGAGCUCCACCAUUCCUGCACUUUGCUUCUAAAACCAUCCACCUUCAACCACCAAUUUUCAAACUUGAAAUAAGUCUUCUUAAAGGAUCAAUCUCCACAUGUCAACAUGAUUGGAUUAUGAUCAGAUCCCAGGUUUGGCAUUACAUCCUGUUUGAUCUGUAGGAAUAUUUCAUCCCAAAGUGUUGAAAAGAGAAAUCUUUCAAUCCUAGAGGCAGUUCUGUGAUUUGUCCCCCCUCUCCAAGUAUAGGAUCCCCCAAAUAAAGGAGGAUCCACCAACUCCACCUCAUUGAUGCACUCAGAAAAUUCCUUCAUAGCACCAGAUAGCCUGCUACAUUCAGUUCUCUCAGAUGGGAACCUUGUGACAUUAAGUCACCACAAACCACCCAAGGACCCUCAUGUAAAGCCCUUAUAGCACCCAUCUCCUCCCAAUGUUUCCUCCUUACAAUUCUCCCACAAUCAGCAUAAACUGCUGUAAUAAACCAAAUGAAAUCAUGAUUAAUCCCACACAGUUUACAAGUUAAACUUUGAUUGCCAUUUUUCACUAUUUCCCCUCUCCAAUACCUCUUAUCGCAUAACACUAUAAUGCCCCCCCUACUGCCUAAUGACUCAAGCCAUACACCUCCCACCCAUCUGUUUCCCCAGAGGAGUUGUAGAUAAUUUCCCACUUCCCCACUCAAUUUUGUUUCCACUAGAACAUAAAUAUCAGCUCCCCAUUAUUGUAUUCUACUCUUUAUAGUAUUCCUUUUACUCUCCCAAUGCAACCUCCUCACGUUCUAAUAAACUAUUUUUAUAUUCGUUAUAAAUGAGUUAUUAGUUUCCUCCCCCUACUUCUAGAUUCACUCCUUGGUUUCCUAUCUUUGAAAUUCAUAUCAAAUAUCAAAUUCCUUAGCUCCCUAGAAACUAUCUGUUUAACAGCAUUAUGUUCUAUGGAGAUAGCUGAAGUUAUCCCUUUUUCUCUCCUUUGGUCAAUCUUUGUGAAUAAAGCUUCGGCCUCCCUAGAGCAACCUUCAAAUGCUGCUCCAAAUUCCUGGCUCAUCCUCACAAUAUUACCCUGAACCCAUAGGUUCGAUCGCAUCGCUGCUUCCCUUUCACAUUCAGAAAAGUCUGUUUGUAUGGGAGUAGGCUCUCCCAGUAGAGUUAUCUGGUUUGUGUUUCCAUGUUGUUCAAUUUUCUCUUCACCCUCUUGACUUUCAGUUGGCAAGGCCAUCUGCUCAUCUUUUUCUUCUUCAAACUCUUGGUACUGAUCCAUUCCUUUAUCUCCUGCAUCUUUCCUCCCCGACCCAGUAUUUAAAUUUGCCACUUUCUUAACCCUGAAACUGGGGAAUCUGGGUGAAGUGGUAAUAGAAGAGGAGGGAAUAGAAAUUGCCUUUUGCAUGCUGGUAGAAGCUUCGCAAUUGGCAAAGCACUCGAGGAAUUUGGAUGCCAUCUCUUUCACGUUGUUGAAGUGAUUCUUAUAGCUGGCUACAGUGGAACUAUCGGGAGUUUUAAGUUCUGAGGAUGCUCGUGACCCAUCACGUGAUUCACUUAAAACUGGUCCCUUUUCUGACUCAUAUUGGGCCAAACAAUUAAAUUUAUUUGGGCCCAGAAUUAAUCCGUUCGUAGAUCCACCAUAAAUCCGGCCCAUCUCCUUAUUUGAAUUUGAACCUACUGCACGUGCCACUGCAGAAUCACGUGCAAAGUCAGACUUUUCCUUCUGCUUAGCGACUAUAUCUGUACUUUUGCCCAGGGUCUUUGAUAUCUGCUGGGUAAAGGAAUGUAACGCCUCUUUCUCCUCUUCUUCUUUGAUGGCAGCUCGCUGUAGAUUCCACCCAAACCUGAAGGGUAAAGAGAAGUCUGUCUUGCUGCAGGGUCACUUCUUUAGGAACCUCUUUACCAUCUCCAUUGACUCUGAUUCUAGCCCACUUUAGAUGAUUCGGGAGUUGACUCUCUUCCUCUGUUUCCAACCAGCCUCCAGAAUAAUCAGCAAUGACUUUGAAGACUUCAGAUGACCAGAAUUGGAGCGGCACACCCACAACACUAAUCCAGACGGAAUUUGGCAUAUUUCCUUUUUCUAUGACUCCUGAUAAAGGAGACCACCAUUGAAGAUUGAUUUGGGCUCUUUUCCAGUGCCUCCCCUUUCAGGACUUGUUCAGCUAUGCUUUUGCAUAAAUAUUGAGCCCAUGGAUCUGUUUCCAAGUGGAAGUAGUCCAUCUUCGCAGAUUAGACAAUGUUGGAACUUCCUCAUUUACAAAGUGACCAACCAAACAUCUCCCAAGUACCAUAUUCUGAUGACGUGCCAUACCUUCCUUUAUCUGAAUAACUUCUCCCCUCUUUAAUGCCGAACCUCCAACCACUUCAUUGUUCGACCAUUUACAGCUUUUAAUUGCUUCUGCAUAUUGGAACUCUUUGUCCACAAACCUAGGCCUCACAUUAAAUUUGUCAACAAAGGUAUUAAUGAAUCUGCCAAUCUUGUUAGCCAGAUAGGUCCAGCCAGCAUUAAACCAUACUUCGGGUAUGAUUAUCACAGCUCUCCUUCUCUCUCGUAAAAUGAUAAUGCUAAUAUAUCUGCCAAAGCCAUUAAAAUUCCUGGAGCAAAAGGUCUCAGAGAAACUGUCUCUUCUCUUCCAUCUUCUCACUACAUUGCCUCGUACCUUUGAUGCCUCCCUCAUGUUCUAGACUAUCCAUUCCAAAGUCUUCUUGUUCAAAGAAACUCUUCUGAUGAAAUUUUUACCUCUUUCGGUCCAGUCAAACCAAUGUUCUGCUGUGUUUGAGGAUCUAGUAAUAUCAUAAGACUUAAAGCCUACCGCGAAAUAAAUGCUAUCAUCCAUCUCCUAGAAGGUUGAAAGAAAAGGAAGUAGAGUGAGAAAUCCGGUGAUCAGAAGGACCAUCGGAGUUAGGGACCUAAAUCACAAAACAACUUUAGUGCAUUGCCUUGGGAUAAGUGCCUGGGAGCAUCUUUGGGGUUAUUUAUCUAACAGUCUUUUUUACAGUAACAUUAGACAAAGACACAAAGUUGAUACAAAUCAUAAUCGAGACAGAAGAACAACACAUUUGCGUAUGACGAGUAAUUUAAGGAAGUGGGGGUUAAAAGACGAGUAAUUUAAGGAAAUGACAUAUUUUAAGUGAUUAACUUAGCUAAUGUUGAGCAAGUGGGGGUUAAAAGACGAGUAAUUUAAGGAAAUGACAUAUUUUAAGUGAUUAACUUAGCUACGUAAUGAGCUCUUGAGAAAACGCGUAAAAUUAUUUCCAAAAUUUGAGCCGAAAGUGACUCAUUAGAACAUUUUAUCACACGUUCAUGUGCUGAAUCAAAUAAUGCAUAGUUCGAGCGUUUAAAUGAAAUUUACGCAAAUUUAAGGGGUUGUCAAUAUGUUCUGUUGGGAAAAAGGAGUUAAGGACAUUUUUGUCCACAAAUAUAAAUUUAUUUAUUCAUUUAUAACACAAACACAUUUUGUCCCUAAUAAAUUUCUUCCCAAGAAUUUUGAGCAUAAUCUGAUUAUUGUAAUCUAUUCUGAAUUCUCCUUCCUUCUUCUUUUUUCAACCUUUAUACUUCACACCUCACUCCCUUCUUUUUGUAUUUAAACCUCUCAACAACUGUUACCAUCUCAAAAAAAAAAAAAAAAAAAAAAAAAAAAAAAAAUCUCUCAACAACCAUAAACCCCUUUUCCUUUACAAAACUCUUCCUCUAGUUUUGCGAAGAAAAAUGGGUUCACUUGUCCCAUUUCAAGACCUCAAUCUUCAGCUUGAAACCACUAAUUUCACAUCUUCUCCAAUCCCAACCCCAAGAAUCUUCCCCAUGAUUGAACCAAAACUUGAACCCCUUGAUGAGUAUACACAAGCUGAUCUUCAAACCACCCCUUUUUUUUCCAACCCUAGUCCCAAUUUCAACAACUCCGGUUCUAGUUCAGCUUUCACCCCUACUCAACAAUUACGCACUUCUGAUUCAAUUCCACCGGAGAUUCCACCUGGGUUUGAAGAAACCUAUGUUUAUUCCGAAUUUAAACGAAUUUCUGACCAAUAUAAAGAAGCUUUUGCUGGAAGAAUGCAGCAUUUCGGAGAUGUUGAGGUCUUCGAACACCUGCACUCUCAUGUUGAGGUUGUGGAAGACCCCGAUUCUCAUGCCAUUGUUUCAGUUAACAACGAUACCCAGGCUUCAGAAAUUGUGAUUGCUAGAAAAAGAUAUCCACAAAGAUCAUCGGAAUUAGUUAGAGUGACAGAUCUAAAGCCUGAAGAUCAACGUUAUCACCGAGACGCUGUUCGGAGAACCAGAAUGCUGUUUGAUUCUCUGCGUAUUCUUUCAAACAACCAGCAUUUGGGUCCUCAUAGAAGGAGAAGAGGUGAUCUGAGGGCUUGUAAAAUAUUGAGAGAACAUGGGUUGUGGAUGCAUCGCGAUAAGCGCAUCGUGGGGGCGAUCCCCGGAGUGCUUAUUGGUGAUGUGUUCUUCUUUAGGAUGGAGCUUUGCGUUGUUGGAUUACAUGGGCAGUCUCAAGCUGGUAUUGAUUAUGUACCUGCGAGUCAAAGUUCAAUUGGGGAGCCAAUUGCUACAAGUGUAAUUGUUUCAGGUGGAUACGAGGAUAAUCAAGAUGGAGGAGAUGUGAUUAUACAUGCAGGACAAGGUGGACAGGAUAAGCAUACAAGGCAAUGUGUGCAUCAGAAACUGGAAUGCGGGAAUUUGGCGUUGGAAAGAAGUAUGCACUAUGGAGUUGAGGUAAGGGUAAUUCGCGUCUUUAAAUAUGAAGGAAGUGGAAAUGCUAGUGGUGAUGUUUAUGUGUAUGAUGGACUAUAUAGGAUUGUCGAAUACUGCUUUGAUAUUGGAAAGGCUGGAUUUGGAGUUUAUAAAUUCAAGCUUGUUAGGAUAGAGAAUCAGGAAGAAAUGGGAAGUGCUAUUCUUCGUUUUGCACAGAAUCUUAGGAUCAGACCUUUAGUGGCAAGGCCUACUGGUUAUGUUAGUCUUGAUAUAUCAAGGAAAAAAGAAAACGUACCAGUGUUUCUUUUCAACGAUAUUGAUGAUAAUCAUGAUCCGGUUUAUUUUGAUUAUCUGGUGAAGACUGUUUAUCCUCCAUUUGUAUAUCAGAAUGUGGGCAGUGGUAAUGGAUGUGAGUGCAUUGAUGGGUGUGGAGAUAAUUGUUUUUGUGCUAUGAGAAAUGGUGGCCAAUUUUCCUAUGAUAAUAAUGGUAUAUUGUUGAGAGGCAAACCGUUAGUGUUCGAAUGUGGACCACACUGUCUAUGUCCUCCAACUUGUCAGAAUCGAGUGAGCCAGAAAGGUCUGAGGAACAGAUUCGAAGUGUUUCGGUCUAGAGAGACUGGUUGGGGAGUUAGGACACUGGACCUGAUCCAAGCUGGGUCUUUUAUCUUUGAAUUUACUGGGGUUGUACUCACACGAGAGCAAGCCCAAAUUUUUACAAUGAAUGGUGAUAGUUUAGUCUAUCCAAGUCGCUUUCCUAAGAGAUGGGCAGAAUGGGGAGAUUUGUCGCAAAUAUACCCCAACUAUGUGCGAUCAGCAUACCCCUCCAUUCCUCCUCUGGAUUUUGCGAUGGAUGUUUCUAGAAUGAGGAAUUUAGCAUGUUAUAUCAGGUACAGUUCAAGCCCCAAUGCUAUGGUACAGCCUAUGCUUUAUGAUCACAACCAUGUAUCUUUCCCCCACCUGAUGCUCUUUGCGAUGGAGAAUAUUCCCCCUCUAAAGGAGAUCAGUAUUGAUUAUGGUGUAGCAGAUGAAUGGACAGGGAAGCUUGGCCAUCUGCGAUUGACUAACUUAUAUAGUAGUUGAUCCAAUUUUGAAAAUUAUGCGGCACAUCAUUUGCUGAGCAACUUCACAGUUCUGGAGGAAUGGCGUGAGGGAAAGAUGGAAAGAGCCAGGCAACGUGAACUUGAAAAGUGUCCACCAUCUGACAGUCCUAAAUCUUUGAGGGGGUUAACAACAACUCAACAAGGGGUCUUUUGAUUGGCUGAUAAUAACAGAUAGCUUUUCGGGGGAAACAUUUAAGGAUCACAAAUGUUCAGGAGCCUUUUCGUGUUGUCGUCUCAGUUUGAAUAUGCUUCUAUUUCGUACGAGAGUUGUUCGGCAAUAUAACUCAGUAAAAAGAAGAUAUAUCAUGCAGAGAUAUGGGCAUCCGGAGGUGUCCCUUUUAAUAACUGCUAGGCUAAAGAAGUUGUGUUAUUGGCUCAAGCCUUGAUCACUCUGACCUUAGGCUUGUGUCUCCAGAUGUUUGUAGUGCUAUUUUCAUCAUCAAAAAUCCGCUUAGGAUAUUCUAAGGCCAAAGGAAAAUAGUCAAUAUCAGCUUUUCUGUCUUCUAUGGGCUUAAUUUGCUGCAGAGCAGGGGGAGCUAGCUAUUAGGGUGGGAGAGCCCAAAGCUAUUUAAACCCCACAUCAGCACAUAUUAUACCGAUGCGGGACAUAACAAACCACCACGCUUUCCAUCUGUCGUCCUCGACGGCUGUGCGCUAGACCUUACUAGCGCUGGGCUAACACUGCCAUACCGACAUCACCAUCCAAGGCACGACGGGCACGAAGGGUGGUGAGUAGCUCUGAUACUAUCUGCAACAACCUUGGGCCUAACUCACACCCCAAAAGCUAGCUAUUAAGGUGGGAGAGCCCGAAGCUAUUCAAACCCCCACAUCAGCACAUAUUAUACCGAUGUGGGACAUAACAGGAUCCAAUAAAGACUCUUCAAAUUGACGGCUAUCUUUGGCUGGAGGGCUGAGGCAUGAUGAUUCAUCAUGGAUGAGUGAGUUGUUCUAGCUGCUUUUGGUGUUUGUUAUCCUAUCAGGCAUCGUUCAUACUUCAUUGAAGUUCCCAGAUACAUGAAAAAUUGGCUAAAGACUGUAAACAUUGUUCCCAAAUAAUUUGUACAAGUUUCUUUACGUCGUUGUUCCUCUACUCGGACUGGAUUGAGUUAGGAAUUUACCGGAAAUAUUUUUAUUGGUGCCACAUGAGACCUAUUGCUCAAGUUCUUAGCACUUAGCAGGUAAAAUUGUGGUCUCAUUUUUACUUAAAUUUUUACUCAUGGGACAAAAUUGAGCUAACCUUAUUCAGUUCUUUUAGGUGGAGAAUAUCAACAGAUCCCUUUUCACUUCCUUGUUCCUUUCCUUGAGUUUAGUGCUGCUGCUGAUGAAGACGGUUCUCGACCAACUUGAUGGGAUUUAAUUUGUUGUCUACAUGUUCUCAAGCUGUCCUUAUUGUAUCUAGCCAGGUCCACCGGAGCUCCUUGUUGAAUGGACAAAGGAAAAAGAUAAUAUUUGGCAAAUCCGAAACAUAGGUGCUUAUUUUACUGCCAAAACGGUCUUCCUAACUUUAUUCCAUCAUUUUACCACUAGGCACUAGACAUGUGUUGCCCGGUAAUUACUUUAGUAUUGAACUAUGAUAUUUCUUCCUUCUGUUUCCUGUGUGAUAGCAAUAGUUUGAAUUUUAACAUCUUGGAUAUUGACAAUAUUUCCCCACUAAUGGGUAGCUUCAGGGCUCUGCAUUUUUAGGAGCUUGUCAAUGUUGAUUUACGGGUACAACUUCAUAACUAUGUUGUUCUCUGGCAUAAGCUUAUUGCCUAAUUUAGAGAAGUUGGGGUUUUCAAGAUAUUUGCUUGAUCAAUUUUCUUGUUCUCCUUGUAGCCAAAGGGUUGCAGUAGAGUUAUGACAGUAGUUGGCGUCGCUGCUAAUCAAAUGUUUUGGUAAUCUCAUUGAAUCAUGGUGUGCAAAUGCAAUUUAUAAAAAGAAUUAUUUGAUGCUUGUAUAAAGUGCUAUGGGUAGAUCUUAUUUUCUCCUGCAUUUGCUUCUUUAGUGUUGCUUAAGUUCUGUAACUGCUGGUUCUAAUACUUACUGCUGCAAAAGGAUUAUAAUAAAGAAGGUUGUGGAAUGAUAUCAUUUUCAAUAGGAAUUCAGCUUCUUUUACGAGCUAUGUGAAUAUGUUAGGCUGUACUAAGGAAGCAAGUUGAAGAAUGUACUAUGUUGUAAGUACAUAUAUAUCUCAUGAUAUUUUGGAUAUAUAUAUCUCAUAGAUUGUUCCUCAAUGGGCAUAUGUAUGAGGCACUGAUUUUUUUGUGAAUAAUUAAUCAACUUGAUAG